AUGAGUCUUCGAGGUGAAGAACUCAGAAAAGAACUACAAAAGAAGUAUAGAGAUCAUAGAACAACAGAUUAUUCAUCAGCAAGAAAAAAUUUAUAUAAUGAUGUUGACUGCUACAAAGAUCAAAUCUAUCGUUUAUACGCUGAUACAACAUAUCCAUCACCAUGUCAUAUUAUCAAAGAUAUUCCUCAUGCAACAAAUGAACUUUUACCAGCAAAUGCUGAACACGUAGUUCCUCAAAGUCUUUUUUCAAAAAAGACACCGUUUGUAUCAGAUCUUCAUCAUCUUUUCUCUGCUGGCCAUCAAGAAAAUGAAAACAGAAAAUCUUACAUGUUUGGAGAAUUUGAUCCAAAGACUGCAAGCAUCUGGUGCAGAGAUAACGCAUGCACAACUAAAUUACCUGAGAAUCCAGAACAGUAUUCAUGCCUAUCAAGUACUAAACCAUUUUUAUGGAUGCCAAUUGCCAAAGACCGUGGAACUGUAGCUCGUGCUGUAUUAUAUUUCCAAACAGUUUAUCCAGAAAUUAAUAUAUCAUCAGUCAAUAAUGUAUCUUUAUACUUGAAAUGGAAUAGAGAAUUUCCUCCAACAGAACGUGACAAAUACAGAAACGAAAUGGUUAAUAUUACUCAAGGAAAUCGUAAUCCUUAUGUUGAUAAUCCGAUUCUUGCUGAUUGGGUCUUUGAUCCUCAAUACAGAUAA